UGUGUGUGUGUGUGUGUGUGUAUGUGUGUGUGUGUGUGUUUGUCGUAGACCAAAUCUGUGAGAGGAAACACAUGUUUGAAGUCUGUGAAGUAAAAGGAGAGAUGAAGAGGCUGCACGCCACAUGAGAGCACAAAGGAGCAUUUAGGACAUUUUGCACUUUCUUGCCCCAUUUCUUUCUGCAUCUGCAUCUGAGGAGAGCGUGAGGAGAUACUAUAGUUUGUGACUUGCAUGGAACUACUUACUUCUAUAUGUUGCAUGUCAUUUAACAAGAUUUAAAACUUCUUAAACCGCUUUUAUAACUGUCUGUAGUAUUGUAGUUGAAGAGAGGUGAAGCUGGCAUGAGCAUGAAUGUAAACCUGACUCUGUGCUGACACAUAAUACAUCAUUUUCUUGCAUAUUUGUGAGGUAGAACUUGUGUAUGGAUGUGCCUUUCUCUCUUUUCUCUGUCUGUAAGAGUCUCUAGCAAGUUAGCUUAGCCACUAUUCUGCAGAAAGGAUGUUUUCUAUCUCUCUUUCCAUUUCCUUCUCCCUCCUUUUCCCUCUCUUUCUCUCAAACUCCUGCGUUCUGGCUGGAAUGGACUCCUGCUUCGACGAAGAAGGAACACCUAGCCGCUGCAUGCCCAAAUUUGAGAACGCAGCGUUCAAUCGCACUGUGAUGGUUUCCAACGUAUGUGGCGUACCCCCUGAGGACUACUGCAUGCAGACUGGCUCCACGCGUUCCUGUCGCCAUUGCGACGCGUUGGACCUUGAAACCAACCACAACGCCACCUACCUGACAGACUUCCACUCGGACGAGGAGCCAACCUGGUGGCAAAGCCAGUCCAUGUUCUAUGGAGUACAGUACCCCAACUCCGUCAAUCUGACUCUACAUUUAGGAAAGGCCUUUGAGAUCACGUACGUCCGCUUGAAAUUCUACACCAGCCGGCCAGAAAGCUUUGCCAUCUACAAGCGUACUGAUGAGACGGCGCCCUGGCAGCCCUACCAGUACUACAGCGCUUCCUGCCGCAAAACCUACGGGAGGGAAACCAGGGGCUUUAUCCGGCCAGGCGAGGAGGAGAGGACAGCGGUGUGCACGGAUGAGUUUAGCGAUAUCUCUCCGCUAACAGGAGGAAAUGUAGCGUUCUCCACCCUGGAGGGAAAACCCAGUGCCUACAACUUUGACCAGAGCCCAGCACUGCAGGAGUGGGUGACAGCCACAGAUCUUUUGAUCUCUUUGAACAGGCUCAACACGUUUGGAGAUGAGUUUUUUAAGGAUGCCAAAGUUCUGCGCUCCUACUUUUAUGCCAUCUCUGACUUCUCUGUGGGGGGCAGAUGUAAGUGUAACGGACACGCCAGCGAGUGCAUGCCAAAUGAGGAUGGCCAUUUGGUAUGUGUGUGUGAGCACCACACCGCCGGAAAGGAUUGCCAGCAAUGUGCCCCGUUCUACCUGGACCGCCCGUGGGCUCGUGCCACUGCUGACUCUGCCAACCAGUGUGUGAUGUGUAACUGCAGUGGCCGUGCAGAUGAGUGCGUGUUUGAUGCAGAGCAGUACCUCAGCACGAGCAGUGGGGGGCGCUGUAUUGGCUGCAGGGACAACACAGCAGGGCCACACUGUGAACACUGCAGAGACAACUUCUACAGACCAUCACCACUGCUGCCCUGUUACAACUGCAGCUGCAACACCAUGGGAUCAGCGAGCUUGCAGUGUGACGAAGAGGGUGUGUGUGCAUGCAGGCCAAGUGUGAUGGGGCUAAAGUGUGAUGUCUGCAAAGCUGGCUUCCACUCCCUCAGCCCAGGGGGUUGCAGGCUGUGUAAGUGUGAUGAAAGGGGCAGUGUUGGUGUGUGCUCUACUGAAGAUGGAAGAUGCAACUGCAAGCUCAGUGUGGAGGGAAACUCCUGCGACAGGUGUAGGCCUGGAUCAUUCAACCUUCAGCAGGAUAAUCCAGAUGGCUGUCAGACAUGCUUCUGCUAUGGCCACUCCCUCGCGUGCUCAUCCUCCAGUCGUCAUGUUGCGUUCAACAUUACCUCCGAUUUUCUUGAGGAUCCUGACGGCUGGGUAGGUGAGUUCUCAGGACAGCAGCAGUCCCCCUUGCUGUGGAAAGAAGGUGAAGUGUACCUGCUUCCAUACAGUGAGGAAGAUGCUGGUUACUACAAAGCUCCAGAAAAGUUUAUUGGGAAUCAGCUGCUGAGUUACGGGCAGCACCUCUCUUUGUCGUUUACGGCGGAAGCAAGGGAGCUGCUGCCAAGGAAGGUGACUGUUGUUCUGGAAGGAUCUGGAAUAUCAGUCAGUGCCAGCCUGUAUUCAGAGCAAGACUUGGAGAGUGGAACUGGACACAUAUCCAGUAACACCUUCUCUCUCAGGUUAAUUGAGAGGGACGUACAUCCAGCUCUGAGUCCGUUUGAGUUUCGCCGGAUGCUCAGCAAUCUGACUGCUCUGCGCAUCAGCAACGCAGGAGGACAAAACUAUACUUCCCAGCUCUCAGGGGUGAGCCUGGCCUCUGCUUUCCCGAUUGCGUAUCCCUCUGACAGCUCCCGUGGUCCCCUUGCCCCAUGGGUAGAGAUGUGUACAUGCCCUCCUGGAUUUAUGGGACAGUUUUGUGAGCAAUGUGCACCGGGCUUCACCAGAGAGACCCCUAACACUGGACCGUUCUCACGCUGUGUGCCUUGUGAUUGUAACCAGCAUGGCACCUGCCAUCCAGAAACAGGUGUGUGUGACUGCACAGACUUCACCACAGGUGUGUCUUGCGAGCGAUGUCUGGAUGGUUACUAUGGAAAUCCACUGACUGGCAGCCCAAAUGCCUGUCUGCCCUGUCCCUGCCCUGACCGUAGCAGCUGCGUCCAGAUCCUAGAGACCAAGGCUGUGGUGUGCACCAAUUGUCCAGCCAAUCAAAGAGGGACAAGGUGUGAGUUGUGUGAGGACGGUUUCUACGGCAACCCCCUGGGCCAGGAUGGCGUGGUCCGGCCGUGUGUGAGGUGUGAGUGUAACGGGAACAUAGACCCCAAUUCAGUGGGUAUAUGUGAUCAUGUGACCGGACACUGCCUGAAAUGCUUAGGACACACAGCUGGUGAUCACUGUGAAAGAUGCCAAAAGGGUUUCUUUGGCAGUGCUCUAGACAGCACCCUCGGGCCUUCCCAAAAGUGCAAACCGUGUGACUGUUACCCCGCCGGCACGUUUGGAUUAUCAAACGAGUGUGACCCCGACACAGGACGAUGUAUGUGUUUGAAUCAUGUGACCGGCCGAGACUGUGGACAGUGCCAAGCUGGCUACUUCAAUCUGCAGCCAGGCGUGGGCUGUGAGAGGUGCAAUUGUAACCCCGUUGGCUCCUCCUCUCCAGCUUGUCACCCAAUCACAGGCCAGUGUACAUGUCGGACAGGUGUGGAGGGCAAGCAGUGUGACAUUUGUCGAAUGGGCUUCUUCGGCUUUUCUUCCAGAGGCUGCAGAGCAUGUAACUGUGACCCCAUGGGUUCAUCCUCCAUGCAGUGCCAUGAGAAUGGGACUUGUCCUUGCCGCCAAGGCUUUGUGGGUUAUAAGUGUGACAAAUGUGAGCUGAACCACUACCUCAACCAUGUGACCCACCAGUGUGAGGAGUGCCCGGUGUGCUACAGUCUCAUCAGAGACCAGGUCAGUAAACUCAAAGUCAAACUCCACGAUUUGGAAAGGCUGCUGUCCAACUACGACUGCAGGAGCAGACAUCGACUUCACGUGCGGCCAAAUCACGUACGUCAGCAUCAGCAAAAUGUGCUUGAUAAUCAAGUCAAUGACCAUCAAGGGGAGGACUAUCUGCCCAACGCCCUGGAAGAUUUCCUGGCUAUUCAAGAAGCGCGAGACGCCUUCAUGAGUCAGUUCUCACAGCUGGAAACAUCUGCACAGACCCUGGAGCUGCAGCUGCGUAACUUGGCCACAGCGGUGAACUGCAGCCUUGUGGUGGAAGGGGGAAGCGAGCAGGGAGAGGAGGCGAUGGGAGCAAAUGAAUGCCGAGCUGUAGUGGACACGUUUGUUGUUGUGACUGAUACGCAGGUGCGGCUUCAGAGGAUGACCCUUGAUCUUAACAGCCUGGUAAUCCCAUUUGUGCUGCCGAAAGGACCAACCCAGUGGAAUGCUCUGGUGAAUGAAUCAGAAGCUUUAGUGAAGAGUCAUAAAGAAAUGGCCAUUCGCAUUGAAGAGCUAGCAGGGGAAGCAAUGAAUGUGUCCAGCAGAACUUAUUCCAUGCUUCUCAGUCUGCUGGAGGAUAACUCAACAGAACUUCAUAUACAAGAUCUUACAGAGCAGCUGUCAGAGAUGCAGGAGCUAAAGGAGAACCUCACACUUCAGGCAAAUGAGACUCUAGCUGCCUACCUGUCAGUAGAAGAGCAGCACGCUGACGCAAAGGCCAUUUUAAACAACAUCACCGCCAGCCUACCUGAACUGCACAAGAACGUCACCACGACUGAGGCCAACGCCACAUUCUCCUCCUCACAACAGCCCAGUGAAGCUGAAUUUCAAAAAAGUCUGGACCUGGCCAACAGGACUGCACAGCUUGAUACCCUGAUCCAGGUGAAGGAGCAGCUGGUAAAUAAAACCAGGGAGGAAAUGAAGCCUGAACUAAACAAGACCCUGAAGACCAUUCAAGAGUUCCACCAGCUGACAGCCCUUACCCAGGGACUUAAAGAAGCAGCUCUUUCUUCAGUUAUACGAGGCAAGAAGACAGAGUCGGAGGCCUUUUCACUACACAAAAAUAUAGAAGGCAUACACCAGGACUGGCCGGUCCUCCAGAUUCAGACCAAGGCAGCUCUAAAGCGAGAGAGCAUCAUGGAGGAGAAGAUCCUGACAGAAGUGAAGAAGAAAGUGAGACAUGCUGAAAGAGCUCUGAAGCCCAUUCUGGAGAAUGCUACGCUAGCUAUCGACACAGCUGCACAGGCUGAGAACACAGCCAAUGCUGUGGCGAAGGAUGCCAAGGCGUCUGUUUCGCGGGGAAAGCAGGCGAGAAGGGCAUCUGCGCAGCUGAAGUCAGCUGUGCAUGCAGCUGUGCAGCAGCUAGCUGAGCAGGAGAGCACAGCGGCACAGGUGCAGGCGAACAUGAGCAAGGAUGAGGCUGAUGUUUCGUUAGAGACAGUGAAGGACAGCAUGGAGUCAGCUAAGAUCCAGUUGGAGGCUUUUACACACACACUGGCGGAGCUGCUCAGGCAGAUAGAAGCAAAUGCAGCUGUGGAAAAGUAUGACCGUGUGCUGAAUGAAACGGCCGCCCGCCUGCUGGUUCUCCGUGCCAGCGUGGAGAGCCCAGCCUUGAAUGGAAAGAUCCAGAAGCUGCGCGGUGCUGCAGAGGCCCAACAGAAACAACUACUGCAGAUAGAGCAAAGCGUGCAGGACAUCAGGGAGGAGAGGGACAGCCUGACAGACAUCGUCCACAACCUGCCCAAAGAGUGUCCACAGCGGGGCCACUAGAGGAGGAGAGUGAGGAGAUGACAGCACAGAAGAAAGUAAAAGGAAAGAGAAUUGUAGGAAAUAUUAAAAGAGUAUGACAGAGGAAAGUUACCCAAACUGAAAUCAUAAGGAAUAUUUCUUUUUAGCCUAAUCUCUAGUCUGCCACAGCACAACUACAGGGGUUAGACAAUGAAAUUGAAACACCUGUUAUUUUAAUGUGGGAGGUUUCAUGGCUAAAUUGGAGCAGCCUGGUGGUCGAUCUUCAUUAAUUGCACAUUGCACCAGUAAGAGCAGAGUGUGAAGGUUCAAUUAGCAGGGUAAGAGCACAGUUUUGCUUAGAAUAUUGCAAUGCACACAACAUUAUGGGUGACAUACCAGAGUUCAAAAGAGGACAAAUUGUUGGUGCACGUCUUGCUGGAGCAUCUGUGACUAAGACAGAAAGUCUUUGUGAUGUAUCAAGAGCCACGGUAUCCAGGGUAAUUUAAGCAUAACACCAAGAAGGACCAACCACAUCCAACAGGAUUAACUGUGGACGCAAGAGGAAGCUGUCUGAAAGGGAUGUUCAGGUUCUAACCCGGAUUUUGUCCAAAAAACAUAAAACCACGGCUUCCCAAAUCACGGCAGAAUUCAACUCUCCUGUUUCCACCAGAACUGUCCGUCGAGACAAUAAAUUAUUGUGGUCUAAGACCAGGUGUUUCAGUUUCAUUGUCCAACCCCUGUGCUUGCCACAGACAAUUAUUUCAAAGCAUUUAUCUGAAUUUAGAAAACAACAGAAAGCCCACUGACCUAAAACUCACUGAGAAGUCAAUAGACAUGUACUGAAUACUGUGAAUGAUUGAAUCAGUAAAUUAAUGUUUAACUAAAUAAAGAAAUGCUCAUCAUAGACGGGGUUCAUAACAUUUUUAACCUAUACAUUUCCAAGAAUUUCCAUGACAAAGAAAAUCCAAGAAAAUCCAUGUCAAAACUGCUUAUAGUAGGCCUAUAUCGUUCCUAAAAUUAAUAAUAAUAAACAAAUUGCAAUAUGACAUUUUUCUACAGACAGCAUUAAAUCAGUAUUUUUCUCUCACUGAGUGAAUUUACAGUUAUAGUGCAGCCGAAACUCCAGUCACGGCCAGCUAUCUAAUGCGUACACACAUGAUUGAUUUACCCAAACCAAAACAGCUUUUCUCAGUCAAUAAUGGGAAACAAACUUUCAAAUUUCCAUUUUCUGGAUAUUUUAAUUUUUCCAAAACUUAUGUAGGCCUGGAAAUUGCUAUGUUCAAAUUCCAUGACUUUUCCAGGUUUUUUAUGACCGUACAAACCCUGCAUAGAAUAAGACCAACAUGAGGGACUGUGUUAUCAAAGUUUAUUAAAACUGAAUACAGUAAGAUAGAAAUUCAAAGCUGGUAUUAGCAUGUGAUUUUGCUGAUUAGAUCAUGUUCUGAUUUUAGUUGUUUGCAUGUAAAGCCAGGUGUAAAUACACUUAAGAUGUACGAUCUUGUGAUUACGAGUAGAAAACUUAAUACUACACUUCCCUCUGAAAAACUACAUACACACAGCAGGUGAAAGUGUCCAAAAUCUGUUUUCCUCAACAAAUGUAAUGUAUAUUUUAGGCUAUUCACACUAUCUUUUAAAUGUUACUCAUAUCUGACGUUUGUCUGAACAGUUUAAUCUGUGUAACUGACGCUCAUGUACAAAACAAGCAGCGCUCCACAAUAAGUUUCAGUUUCAUCAUUUCCAUUUGGACUUAUCACAAACAAAAAUAGCAUUCCAGCUCACUGUAAAAGCAUGCAUUAGUCAGCUACAGACAGAUGCUUUGGUUUAAAUGUUUGGCUUUAAAUUUGGCUUUUUAUUUUCCUUAGAUGCUGAAUCCAUGUCCUGCUAUUUCAUUAGAAGUACAGAGAGGUUCAACACAGUUCCUCUUAUAUUUUUGAAACAAAGCAAUCACCCCAAGUAUAUUUUUUACCUCACUAUUUCGCCACUAAAAACUUCCCUCACUUCUGUUUUCCUUUUUUCCAUCUACUCCCAGACAUUUUUCCUCUCCCUUGACGUAAACAUUAAUUCUGAUCUAAAUUCGAGUUGCCGCAAAUAUGUAUUAGUUAUGUGGAUGCUUAUUAGAUUUUAAUACCACACUACUGGCUCAUAUUGGAAUUGAAUAUGUCAUAGUACACAUAUAAUUAGUGUGUUUUACUGUUCACAGUUUUUACCACUACAGAAUUGGCACAUCUUUCUCACAUAUGACAAAGGAAAGCGCAUUUGGGUAUAAAGUAAAAUGAGCAAAUUAACAAACUAAUGCACUUUAUUAUGCUGUAUGGUAAACACCACAGAUCUGACAGACUGGGAUUAGGCUGAAAACUCUGAGGGAUUUUAUCAAAUAUAGACAGAGAGAAGAGGAAUCCAGCCCCUCUGUCUCCUCUUUAGUUCGUUUUUUAUUUCAGUUCCUUUUUGAAGAAUGUAAAAUAUAUUUGCCAUAUUCUGUGAUCUGAUAAAAUAUUGUUUUUAUUGUAGUAACAAAACUGCACCAGAAAAGUAUGGAAGUUUUUUGACAAUAAACCUGUUUCUAGUGAAUCAUGGGGUGUUAAGAUCUGCAGAGAGAACAAUAUUUUUUGAUGCUGUAAGGAAGCAAUGUGCGUAUUUGGGAAACGUAUUUUGGACUAUUCAUAUGUUGCCAGAAUACAUUGAUUUGGUACUCAAGGAACGGUGUGUUGUGGUGUGUUGUUUAUAUAACUAACGUGCAGCUUUUUAUUGUUUCAUAUGACCACAAGAUGGUGCCAUAUACAAGCUUGUAAUAGGACUUUGGUUUCUUACAUACUGUAUAUGCAAUAUACACUGACAUGCAGGAUGUUGUACAAGAAAUGCUGAUGUUCAAUAGCAAAUAAACCAGUUGAAAGUAA